GCAGAUAUCGGGAGUUGGCAAUAUGCCAUUCGAUUUCGAGACUUUAAGCGAAACGGUCGUGUUUUUGCGCGUGUGUGCGGGUGGCGGACGCGCGUGCCAAUCGGAAAAGGCCUUUAAAUCAAAUGAGUGGCUCGCCAAAGGAGCGCAUCAAGAAAACGGUCAGCAAAGCAAAGCAACGCAAAGCGAAGCGACAGCAACAGCAACAGCAACAACAAACAGAAACAGCAGAAAUAACAGCGCGAUUUCUUUUCGUUUCGCCCAAAAGAGCAGGCAAAAAAAAUCAACAAAAUACGAAACACAAAGCCAAAUCAAAAGAAAUCAAAUUUCAAAUUCGUGCGGCCACCAGCAAUAUCGAAAUAAAGAAAUUAUCUAAAUCAUCAUCGACAUCAUCAUCAGCAGCACAAAAAUCGAAAAUUGCCUCGCUGUGUGUGUGAUAAAAUAGCAAAAUAAAAUAGCUACAACAUGCGUUUUGAGCCUCUGGGCCAGAAAAUGUUCACACGCCGCAACUGGUUGCUGCGCUGCAGCAUCCUAAUCAAUGUGGCGGUGAUCCUGUACAUCGGCAGUCAGCUGAUGAUCGGCGGCGGCAACAACUUCUCCAAUGGCGGUGGCUUCCUGCUGCAGGAGCAGCAACAGGUGUCGGUGCUGCAAGUCGGCUCCGCCUCAUCAGCUGCUCAGGUGCAGCAGCAGCAACAGCCGCCCACUCCCAAGAACCAGAACCAGGUGGUCGAGAUCUUCGAGUCCGAAGAGAAGCAGCUGGUCAAUGCCAACGCAGAUCCUCCAGCACCAGCGGCUCAGGUGGCUGAAGGCGCUGCUGGAGCUCCGCAGUUGGCGAACGACAGUGGUGCCGGUGCGGCUGGUCUGGGCGAUCCCGCCCAGGUGAUCGGAAACAUUGGACCCGGCGGUGUCGCCUUGAGCGGAAAUGCCGAGGUGAACAACAGCCAAUCGGACGGCGGCUACAUAGUCACAGGCGACGAGAAGGAGCUGGAGGAGCGGGUACGAUCGCUGAUCAACUGCUUCGACCACGACUACCACCAACAGACCCUGCAGCGCGGCGACUUCUGGGUGCUGCAGAACUACGUGCGGGCGGAGCACGGCGACAUCAAGUGCCACGAGUCGAUCACCUACACCACGCACGCGGACUACACGUUCCUGGACAACCUGGUGCCGCUGCUGGAGCGCUGGAACGCCCCGGUGAGCAUCGCAAUGCACGCGCCCGGCACAGACUUCCAGCCCACGCUGGACUCGAUCCGGUAUCUGCGGGAAUGUCUGCCCGGCAGCCACCUGGUGCGCGCCUAUACCACCUUCCACAUCUACUUCGGCACCAAGCACAUCCCCAAGUCUGUGCCCAAGCCUCACGAGGUCUUCAAGACGGGAUACAACUGCACACUUCCAGCUCCGUACUUCAACGUCAGCUCUGGUCACCUGUACAAGGCGCAGAAGAAGCUGCUGUAUCCGGUGAAUGUGGGGCGUAAUAUUGCCCGCGACUCGGCACUCACCCACUUCAUCCUGGCUUCGGACAUCGAGCUGUAUCCGAACCCGGGUCUGGUCAAGAAAUUCCUCGAGAUGAUUGCCCGCAACGAGCAGUACUUGAGACGCAAAGCACCCAGAGUAUUUCCAUUGGCCAUCUUCGAGGUAGAGGAGAACUCCCCGGUGCCUCACGACAAGACAGAGCUGCAGGAGUUCCUUCGCACGGGCAAAGCCAUACCCUUCCACAAACGGGUGUGCGCCAGCUGCCACGGGGUGCCCAAGUCCAAGGAGUGGAUGUCCGCCAACGAGACGGAUGAACUAAGUGUAUUCCACAUAGGAAAACGAACGGGUUACUAUGUGCACUGGGAGCCCAUCUAUAUUGGAACUCAUGCCGAUCCCCAUUACGAUGAACGGCUCAGCUGGGAGGGUAAAAGCGACAAGAUGCCUCAGGGCUAUGCGCUUUGUGUGAUGGACUACGAGUUCCACAUACUGGACAACGCAUUCCUGGUGCACAAGCCGGGCAUCAAGGUGCUGAAGAAGGACAACCGACGGGCGAUGCUGUCCGGCAAGACGAACCAGCUGAUACGGAAGAUCAUCUAUCCGGAACUGAAAAUAAUGUAUGGCAUGCGCAAGGGAUGUGCGAUAUAGUAACUAAUCCUGAAACCGAGCUGAGGUCAGUCCCGAUUGAACGGGAAGGAGGAAAAGGCGAAAAGACUACAACCAACUUCACUAUUACUAUUUGCAAUGCUAUAGAUCGGUUGUGUCGACUACCGGUUCCCAUUCCCUCUAUAGCAUUGAAUGCGCACUUCAAGUGCGUGUUUUACAAUUAGCUAGAGACUUAGCCCUAGAACUAUAGAGCAUUACGUAGUUAGGCUUAGCUAUAGGUCAGGACGUGUAACGCCAUGGGGGCCUAUUGGGUUUUACCGCGUUCUUGGUUAUCUUUUUCUACUCUGCAAAGCCUUGAGAGCAUGGCUUACAUAGACUUAACGUAGUUAAAUGUGGCUUUUAGGUAUCAUGGUGUAUUCCAUUUAGCUGGCCAUUCUUAAGUUGGAAAUAGCCGCCAAAUAAGCAGACGGCCCUUUUGAUAGAGCAUGCUUAAGAAUCUACGCCUACAAUUGAUCCACUUCCAUGGAAUUUCUGUAAAUAAUAACACACUUGGACCAAUCCUCCCUUCUGCUCUCUGGACAUAAGCCGCCAGAGACUUGAGUUAUGGGGUGUCCACCACUCAUAGGCAGUCAUUAUCAGUUACUUUUAGUCUAGGCCAUAAACUUAAGUGUAACGUUAUUUAGUUGAAUUUUCAAUAUACAUUCAUUAACGAGUUAAAGAUAGUUUUAUCGGAUUUCCUUUUUAAAAUACUCAAGCGAGUAAUUGAGAGCAACAUUAUUUUUGUAUACCGGGCCGAGAUUCCUAAACAUCAGCAGAAGAAGCAGUCUUACCACUUUUGUGUUUCUAUCUUUCCGCAGUAAAGGCAUAGAUUAAACAAUGUUUUUUGGGCAAUGUAGACUUACUGCAAAGACCAAAACGUAGAUUAUACCGGGCCAAAACAAUUCCAACGUUAAAUAUUUGACUUGAUUAGCAGAGUAGGAAUCAUUGAAUUGAAACGUAUUAAAUAGACUUUGAGAGUUAAAGCGUAAUAGUACUAAUGAUAAAGACAAGUUUCAACAAAACACAAUUACUAUUAAAAUUUAUACAAGAAACACACACAUUGAGAAUUGAUUUGUUUACUUACCGCACUGAAAGGUAGGCUGAGCAGUUAAUGCAAUUGAAAAUUACAUUUCAAUAAGCAUAAAUGCGAACCGUGAUAUUUGUACUAGUAAAGCGAUUUCGAGAUGUUAAACCUAUUUGAUAAGAAAUGAGGGAACGAUCAAAAAAGAAUGAUCAGAGGCCCAUAUGCAUUAAACUUAACCUAAAUUUAGUUUUGUAUUAAUGUUUUUAAUUAGUGUUGAACAUUAAGUCAAACUUGUGCACAUAUAAAUGUUUAAAACAACAUGUCGAAAUCGAAUCCACGAUUAGAUUUCGAGUGAAAUGCUGAAGGUUUUUGUUGCGUAGGCCUUAACACAAUAAAGAUUUGUAAGUUUAGAAAAGAUUA